UAUAUAUCAGAACCAGAAGAAAAGUUUCACCCGGAAAAAAAAUUAAAAGAAGAGAACAAAAGGCCAAGAUGGAGAGCUUGGAGGGUGAGAUGGUUAACUUCUGUAAGGUAUGGCUCUCAGUUUUCAUAUCUCUAUGCUACUGCUACGUCAUGGCUAAGUUUGUACCAAAAGGUAUUCCAAGGCUCUUUUGCUUAAUACCAAUUAUAUCCCUCUUCCUUUUUCUUCCUCUCAAACUCUUCUCCGUCCAUCUCGGAGGCAUAACCGCUUUCUUUGUAGCUUGGCUUGCCAACUUCAAGCUCUUGCUCUUCGCUUUCGACAAGGGCCCUCUGUCUUCCAACCAUUCAAUCUCUCUCGGCAGUUUCAUUGCCAUUGCUUGUUUACCCAUCAAGAUCCAACAAAAUCCAAAUCCAAAUAAUCCAUCCAAAAAGCCCAAAAAUAAAGGUCAGAAAUCCGUUUUAAACUACGCAAUAAAAGGUCUUAUUCUGGGUUUUCUAAUGCGUGCGCACGACUACACGGAAUACAUGCACCCGAAGUUGAUAAUGGUUAUGUAUUCCUUCCACAUAUAUUUGUGUUUGGAAAUCAUUUUGGCCAUGGUUGCUUCCCUGUCUCGAGCCCUACUGGGUCUUGAGCUGGAGCCUCAGUUCAACGAACCAUAUCUCUCCACGUCGAUGCAGGACUUCUGGGGAAGGAGAUGGAACAUGAUGGUCUCGAGUAUUCUGAGGCCCACCGUUUACGAACCCUCGCUGAAACUCUACGCCCGUUUCACGGGCCGAAAGUGGGCUCCACUCCCAGCAACCAUGACGACUUUUGUGGUGUCUGCUAUUAUGCACGAGCUCAUGUUUUACUAUUUGGGCCGUGUGAAGCCCACGUGGGAGAUCACGUGGUUUUUUCUGCUCCAUGGCUUUUGGUUAACGGUCGAGAUUUUACUGAAAAAGGCUUUGACCGGGAAAUUCCGGUUACCGAGAAUUGUAUCUGGGCCAUUGACCGUUGGAUUCGUGAUGGUUACUGCCUUUUGGCUUUUCUUUCCUCAGCUUCUCCGGUGUAACGGUGAUGUGAGAGCGUUUAAUGAGUACGCGGCGGUUGGCGCGUUCGUGAAGAAUGUUGGUAGUGUUCUCUCUUUGAAAACGACGAACGCUUCGAUGGACUUGUCCGCUUUCUGAUUUUGACUACAGAUAGGGUAGAGGUGAGACCAAUCCAACGGCUCAAAUUUAUUGCGUAAUUUGAAAGUCAUUGGUUAUCAUCAUUCAUCACACUUUUUCGGUGAAUUUAGUGGUUAGCAAAUAUCAGCGACUUGUUGUAAACACACAAAACCGUUAUACUUUUUUUAUAUGUUAUUAUAUAAUAUUUUUGUGCCAAAUUUGUAUGUGUCA